AUGGCCUCCCUCUCGCUGCCCGCCGGCGGUGGUGAUGGCGGCGGUGGCGGCGGCCGUGCGGCGGUGCCGGCUCCGGCUCGGGGCGGCGGCGGCGGCGGCGGCGGCGGUGGAGGCGGAGGCGGAGGCGGAGGUGACGGGCUGCUGAACGAUCUCGAUGCCAUCAUGGCCUCCCUCGGCGAGCCCGCUGGCGGCAGCGCGCCAAGCGCCCGAUCGUCCACUGCCUACCCCGCGGGUGGUGGUACCGCGCGUCCCGGAAGCGUCGCCUCUCCCGCCGGCUCCCGAGUCAGCGCCGCCCUCGGCGCCCCGGGCGGCCGACAAUCGCAGGACCUGGACGCGCUGCUCAACUCGCUGCAGGUCGACUCGCGCACGGUGCCCGUGACGCACCAGCAGCAGCAGCCCGCUCCGGCGGCCCACCAGCACCACCAGCACCAGCACCACGCCCCUGCGGCAGGCGGCGCUGGAAUGCCAAGCAUGCGCGCGCCCGGCAGCGGCGGCGGCGGCGCGCCCAUGGGGGCUCCGGCGGCGGCCACCCCGAAGGGCUCCUGCGCCACCUGCCAACGCCCCAUUCAGGGUCCCAUGAUGCAGGCGCUGGGCGGGACCUACCACCCCAACUGCUUCGUGUGCGGCAACUGCGGGGAGAGCCUCGGCUCCGGCAGCUUCUUCCAGACCGACGGCCGUCCUACCUGCUCUCGCUGCUACCAGGCGAUCCAGGGCCAGUGCAUCAGCGCCCUCAACAAGCAGUGGCACGUCAACUGCUUCAUCUGCGCCCAGUGCCUCAAGCCCUUCGGCACCGCUCCCUACUUUGAACGAGAGGGGAAUCCGUUCUGCGAGAGCUGCCUGUACGGCAUCUUUUCGUCGCGGUGCGGCGCGUGCGAUCAGCCGAUCAAGGCCGACACGGUCAACGCGUGCGGCAAGCAGUACCACCCGGAGUGCUUCGUGUGCGCCCACUGCCGCCGGGCGUUCGCGGGCCAGCCCUACUUUGAGUACGGCGGACGGCCCUACUGCCAGCUCCACUACCACUCCCAGAUAGGCGCCACCUGCGGCUGCGGCUGCGGCCGAUCGAUCAUGGGGCGCGUGGUGCAGGCGCUGGGCAAGCAGUGGCUGCCGGAGCACUUCCUGUGCGGCUUCUGCAUGAACUCGCUGGCCGGGCAGAACUUCACCCAGCGCGACAACAAGGCCUACUGCAACGGGUGCUUCGGCAAGCUAUUUGCGGCGUGA